AUGAUUGUUUCAGGUUCACUUGGGCAAUAUAUUGUAUCUCAUGUACAUGAUAUGUCCCAAGUCGAUACCAUUUUUAUUUUUUGUAACAAUCAAGAAUGGCAUAAGCAAUGGGCCAAAGAAUGGCCUAAAAUAAAAGGAGUCUUUACAGAUAUAACAUCAAUCUAUGGGGCUCUUAAACAAGCUGCUCACCAAUGUGAGCAAAAUACUAUUUCAAUCAGCUUUAUGGCAUCAGACAAGAAAUUGGAUCAAUUAGAUCCAUCAUUCAUGUAUACGCAGAUCUUGAAAGAGAUCUUAUUAACGAUCAACUUCAAAGAAGAUCAUUUCAAAGAAUUUAUCACUUAUUGUCGCGAAGCAUUUGCCGAAAAUGAGUAUGAUUUACAAAAUAUUGAAAAAUUGGACGGUCAUUAUCAUAAGCAAACACCGAUUUGGUGGUAUAAUUAUCGAUGUUUUUUAUAUCCGAUGCUCAAUCAAGCAUUAAGAUUAAUGGAUAUUGAUAUUAUUGUUCGAAUGGGUUUCUUUAUUAAUGAUUUACAUCGUGAUAUUCAACGAUUGCAUUCGGAACAAUUUGAUGGUCAACAAUCUGAUAAAACAUUUACAGUUUACCGUGGACAAGGUCUUUCAAAAGAAGAUUUCGCCAAAAUGACAAAAACUGAAGGUGGACUUCUUUCAUUUAAUAAGUUUUUAUCGACUAGUAAAAACCGUGAUAUUUCUCUAAAUUUCGUCCAACAAGUUGCUACAAAUCCUGAUCUUGUUGGAAUUCUAUUUGUUAUGUCCAUUAAUCCUACAGAUUCAACAAGUCCAUUUGCUUCUGUUAACAAUGUUAGUUAUUUUCAUACAGGAGAUGAAGUUCUCUUCUCUAUUUAUACCAUUUUCCGUAUUGGAGAUAUUAAACCAAUGGAUGAAAAUAAUAACUUCUAUCAAGUAAAUUUAACAUUGACCAGUAGUAACGAUCAAGAUCUUCGUACUCUUAACGAUCGGAUCCGACAGGAGACCUUUCGGGAUGUAGAAGGAUGGAACAGAUUAGGUCAAUUGCCAAUUAAAAUGAGUCAGUUUAACAAGGCUCAAGAAAUUUAUGAAGUUUUACUUCAUCAAACAAAAAAUGAGAGUGAUAAGGCACCGAUUUAUUAUCAACUAGGUCGAAUUAAAUAUAGUCAAGGAAAAUAUUCAGAAGCACUUUCAUUUUAUGAAAAAACGGUUGCAAUCAAACAGGAAUUACUUCCUUCCGAGCAUCCUGAUUUGGGAGAUUCCUAUAAUAGAAUCGGUAUUGUAUAUAGCAGCAUGGUUGAUUAUCCAAAAGCGCUUUAUUAUUAUGAAAAAGCCCUUGCAAUCAAACAACAAUCACUUCCUUCCAAUCAUCCUGAUUUGGGAGAUUUCUAUAACAAUAUCGGUAUGGUGUAUGACGAUAUGGGUGAUUAUCCAAAAGCGCUUUUAUCUCAUGAAAAAGCCCUUGCAAUUCUACAACAAUCACUUCCUUCUAAUCAUCCUAAUUUCACUAGCUUAUACAUGGGUAUUGCUAACGUGUACUACAGUAUGGCUGAUUAUCCAGAAGCACUUUCUUAUUAUGAGAAAGGUCUUGUAAUUCAACAACAGUCUCUUCCUUCCAAUCAUCCUGAUUUAGCAUCUUCAUACAUGGGCAUCGGUAAUGUGUAUAGAAGCAUGGGCGAUUAUCCAAAAGCACUUUCAUCUCAUGAAAAUGCCCUUGCAAUCAAACAACAAUCACUUCCUUCCGAUCAUCCUAGUUUGGGUGCUUCCUAUUACAAUAUCGGUAUGGUGUAUGACAGUAUGAGUGAUUAUUCAAAAGCACUUUCUUAUUAUGAGAAAGAUCUUGCAAUUCUACAACAAUCGCUUCCAUCCAAUCAUCCUGACUUGGCGAUGUCCUAUAAUAACAUCGGUAAUGUGUAUAGAAGUAUGGGUGAUUAUCCAAAAGCACUUUCAUCUCAUGAAAACGCUCUUACAAUUCGUCAACAAAUACUUCCUUCCAAUCAUCCUGAUUUGGCUACUUCCUAUAAUAGUAUCGGUAGUGUAUAUUAUAGCAUGAGUGAUUAUUCAAAAGCACUUUCUUAUUAUGAAAAAGCCCUUGCAAUUCGACAACAAUCACUUCCUUCUAAUCAUCCUGAUGUGGGUGCUUCGUAUAACAACAUUGGUGUGGUGUAUGAGAAUAUGAGCGACUAUUCAAAAGCUGAUUCAUUUUAUGAACGAGCUGUACAAAACGGACAACAAUCAUUACCACCAAAUCAUCCAACUCUUCAACAAAGGACAAAAAACCUCGAAAACAUAAAAAAGAAAUUAUAA